AUGUCCUCUGCUCAAGGCAACAACGAACUUCCACUACCACCCCAAGACGGAGGUGUGUCAUCUCAUUCCCAGCAAAGACCCGAGUGGGAGACACACCAGGAAUUGAUGAAGGAGAGGCCCAUCGUCAUCGAGUGUUCUGUAUUUGACCAUCGCUACAAGCAUCUAGACACAAUUCAACUCGGCGAUGUGCUCAAUAGAUCCGAAGAACCUGAUGAUCAAGCACGUUGGAGACGUGCCCUUGGCCAGGCGGUCUACGGUUACCUCGAACCCACAACAGAAGACAAUGACCCUCGACUUGGGUAUUCCACGACCAUGAACAACGCCUUCCAUACACUCCGUAUCGAUGGCAGAAACUUUUAUCACUUAGUCACUGUUUUGACAUGGGUCGAGGGAAAGGAUUGGAUUAAGUUCCCUAAGCGGAUCUUCGUUGAAUAUGGAAGUUCUACCGUUCCAAUACCCGGGGGCACUAUUUGGCAAGACAAAACCGAAAUCGUCCGAAACCUCUUCAAGAAAGAGUUCUUUUUUGAUUCAGAUGAUUUUACGCCCAAUAAUGGCAAAUUCCUCGAGUACGCCGACGAAAAUGAAGAGAUCACGAGAAGACGAAAUUGCAUACUCAUCUUCCUAUUACUUCAAGUCUUCCCGAAUGUCGAAGAGUUUGCGCUUGACAAGCGUAUUGCAGCUUGGUUCUAUACCGACAAAAGUACUAUUGAAGUUUUCCGCGAAGCUUCUAACUUCAAGCCAGAAAACAAGAGACCAAUCAAGAAGUUAUCUUCCCUCUCUUUGAGGGGUAUGGACGAUGACCAACAAAUUGCAUGGCAAGGUGUCUGCUGGCUAUCUACUAUUAUGCCUUCGAAACACUUGUUCCUCGAGGGAAAAUUCAUUUUCUCCGAGAGCUCUCUCAUAACGCCAGGCCUUAUGGGAGUUUCAGAUAUCACCUUACACAAAGUACAACUAGGAAAAACCCAGAUCAGGAAACUCAUUGAUGUGGAAAAUGACAAGAUCUCAGCAUUUCGAUAUAUUGGGGAGGAUGUUGACUCCGAGAAUAGCACUUGGCAUGAUCCAGUGGACAAAGUAGUGUCCAAUCUACAGGUCCCUCAAAGCCAGUUCUUGAAAACGCUCUGUAUUGGUUUGUGUGAACCUCCUCAGGGCUACAACGUCAAAAGCUCGCCAGUCAAUUCUUUGAAGAAGUUAACCAGCUUGACACAUCUGUGGAUCAAUUCUGGCAAAACAUCACGAUGGAACGAUGGCAACCUUAGGACAUUUACGAAGGAACUUCCGCCAAGCUUGAAUCAUCUACGCAUUACAGGCAACGUCCAAGACGUCGAGAGUUGGAUAAACUUCGUGCAGAAGUAUCCAUAUUCGGUAUUUAGCAACCCGAGGAAAUCAAAACUUGGCGUCUCCAAAGAGAACUCUGACCUAGUGCAAUCAAUGAGUGUGGAACUGAUCCCCAGGCUCUAUAUUAUCAAAGAUCAUUCUAAACCACUUUUCAAUGACCCGUUCGUGGCACAGAAUAGCGGUGGUACAGAGGUACUUGAAGACGAGAUGGAGCCGGACAUUCUUCUUUGGAGAAUCAACGAUGACACGGAGGCUCAACUAUAA